UCCAGCUCGCACACAAAUCUGCACCAGGUUUGAAAAAUCACUCGGACCUGCUGAAGUAAAACCUUAACAAGAACAACUGCCUUCCAAAUCGAAGUCUGCAGGGAGCAGGCUGCUGAGGGCCACGGGCAACGAUGGGCUGUGGUGGGCUCGGUGCUGCUGGUGGCACCUUAGUGCUGGAGAUGAGGAGAAAGCUGUGAGGAUCAGCACCAGCCUUUUGGAGAAGAGACAACUUGUCAGAGGAUGUCCUAUCAGGAUGAACAUGGCUCAUUCAAGAAUUAACUCUCUAUUCGUCUUCUACCUCAGUUUUUUCCUGCUCCUCCACUUAAAAAAGUCACUUCCCAUGAGAAAUGAUUCCAGGUGCCCACCAAACUCCUGCCAAAAGAACUCCACAUGCAUUACUGGUCACAGAGACAAUAUUUGCCGUUGUGCGGACAUGUCACUUGAGGAACGCUUGGAGGAACUCUGCAAUGACACCUCUGAUCCUUGCUCCUCAAGCCCUUGUCUUCAAAAUGCUACCUGUUCAAGUUCUGCUGGAAACCUCAAUUUCACUUGCGAGUGCCCAGAUGGGUACAAUGGGACCACUUGUGAAAUAGCCAUCAGUAUGUGUGACAGCAACCCCUGCGAACAUGGAGGCACGUGCCUCGAUGGCCUGGCCAGGCCCACCUGCCUCUGUCGCACAGGAUUCACAGGUACACGCUGUGAAAUGGAUGUUGAUGAGUGCAGCUCGGAACCCUGCCACAACGGAGCGGUGUGCAGGGAUGGGAUUGGUGAAUACUCCUGCUACUGUGUCCCAGGCUACCAAGGCAAGCACUGUGACCUGGAGGUGAAUGAAUGCGUGUCAGACCCAUGCCUGAAUGGGGCAACGUGUCUUAACCUUAUAGGGAGGUAUUACUGCAUCUGUCCACUUGGGUACACAGGCGCCAACUGCGAGCUGGAUGUGGACGAGUGCCAGUCGCUGCCGUGCCAGAACGGCGCCACCUGCCGCGACGCUCCGGCCGCCUUCUCCUGCUCGUGCCCGCCCGGUUUCCGCGGCGCCCUCUGCCAGACGGACGUGGACGAGUGCGCCAGCAGCCCCUGCCUGCACGGAGCGCGCUGCGCCGACCUGCCCGGGGGGUACAGCUGCAACUGCACUGGCACCGGGUUCAUGGGCCUGCACUGUGAGACCCAUGUACCCCCGUGCUGGUCACAGCCGUGCUACAACAACGCCACAUGUGAGGACAGUGCUGAUGGAGUCAUCUGUCACUGCUGGCCAGGCUACACCGGCUCCCACUGCGAGACCGACAUCAGCGAGUGCAGCAGCGCGCCGUGCACCUCGGGCCGCUGCGUAGAGCGCUCCUGGGCGGCCCGCUACGGCCACGAGCCCGAGCUGCCGCCGCCCUUCCGCCACGACCGCGCCGAGGGCUACGUGUGCGUCUGCCCGCCGGGCGUCCGCGGUAUUCACUGUGAUGAAGACAUCAAUGAAUGUCACAUGAACCCUUGCCAAAAUGGUGGCAUCUGUGAGAACUUUCCUGGGAAUUACACUUGCCAUUGCCCACCUGCAGACAAAGAAGGGAUUUUUUACGGCGGCUGGAACUGCACAGAAAUCCUCCAUGGCUGUACUGAUCAACAAUGCCAAAAUAAUGGAAUAUGUAUCCCUCAUUUAAAAAGUGGCCAUCAUGGAUUCAGCUGCAUAUGCUCACCUGGAUAUACUGGAAUACACUGUGAAACUGUAACUACAUUUUCUUUUCAAGGAAAUGGUUUCCUUUGGUUGAAGAAUCCCACAACCACUAAAGAGGAAUUUUCCUAUAAUAUAAACCUGAGGUUUCAGACUGUGCAACCGUCAGCCUUUCUAUUUUAUCGAGGAGAGAAAGACACAUUUGUGAAGCUGGAGUUACUGAAUGGCUACUUACAUUUGUCCGUGCAAGUCAAAAACCAGCCACGGGCUCUUUUGCAUAUUUCACAUAAUGUCAGUGAUGGAGAAUGGCAUUCUGUGGAGGUAACCUUGGCAAGAGCUGUUACUCUUAAUUUACUUGACAGCUCUUGUGCAGAAUCAUGUGUCAAUAAAACUUCUGCUAUGAUAGAUAAUGAUCACGUGAGGCUUGCAUUUCAGAGCACAUUUUUGGGCAGCUUACCAGUGGGGAACAUUAGCAGCAGCUCUCAGCUUAACAUCAAUAAUAUACAUUCUACACCUUCAUUUGUAGGCUGUCUUCAGGAUAUUGAAAUAGACUUGAAUGUUAUUACUCCAGAGAAUGCAUCACCUGAAUCCUCUUUAAACGUCGAGACAGGAUGCAGGAAGAAGGACUGGUGUGAAAACCACCCCUGCCAGAACAGGGGCCGCUGUUCCAACCUGUGGCUGAGUUACCACUGUGACUGCUACCGGCCGUACGCGGGGCCGAGCUGCAGAGCAGAGUAUAUUCCAGGUCGAUUUGGAUCUGAGGACUCCUCAGGCUAUGCUGCUUUUUCUGUUGAUGCUACUGAGAAUGAAAAUCUGAAUAUAUCAAUGUUUGUCCGAACUCGCAAAUCUUCUGGCUUGUUACUGGCUUUGAGAAACAGUACCUGUCUCUAUGUAAGAGUCUACUUGGAAGAUGGGAAACUCACGAUGUUAGCUCCAAAUUCCAUGAAGCUAUUAGGGAAACAUCCUAUAAAUGAUGGAAAUUUCUACCUAAUAACAUUAAAAAUAGAACCAAAUAUGUUGGAAUUAUUCCAAUCCUCUCAAUACUUAGGCUUUAUUUCUACUCCACUACUAACCACCCAAAGUAAGGACUUUCUUUACAUCGGAGGCCUACCAGAUAACAGAGAAACUGAUAGAAAUGGUGGGUAUUUCAAAGGCUGCAUCCAGGAUGUAAGAGCGAAUAACCAGCCACUGGAAUUCUUCCCCCUCACCAAUUCACUGAAUUCUUUUAUCAACCGAACCCUGAUCAACGUCACCCAAGGCUGCAGUGGUGACAAUCUCUGCAAGUCCAGUCCUUGCCACAACGGUGGUGUAUGCUAUUCAAUCUGGGAUGACUUCACUUGCACAUGCCCCCCUAACACUGCAGGAAAAGCUUGUGAGGAAGUUAAGUGGUGUGAGCUUGGGCCCUGCCCUCAUGAAGCACAAUGCAAGCUGGUGCACCAAGGAUUUGAAUGUCUCACUAAUGCAGUGUUUAGCGGCCGAAGCAGCGCUAUAUUUUACAGAAGCAACGGGAAAAUCAGCAGAAGCCUCACCAAUAUCGUGUUUGGCUUUCGAACUAGGGACACAAAUGUGAUACUGCUGUAUGCGGAGAAGGAGCCUGAAUUUGUUAUCAUGAGCAUUCACAACUCCAAACUGGUCUUCCAACUGCAAAGUGGCAACAACUUUUACAUGUUGACUCUCACUAGCUCACUGACUGUGAGUGAUGGGAAGUGGCACCAAGUGAUGGUCUCCAUGCUGGAGCCCCUGUCUCAGUUCUCGAGGUGGCACAUGAGUCUUGACAACAAGGACACUGCAACCAGUACAGCUGCUACAGGAAGUCUCAAUUUUCUACAAGAAGAGGCAGAUAUCCAUGUGGCUGACAAGGCUUUUGACAAUUUGGAUGGCCUGCGAGGAUGCAUGAGCACCAUAGAGAUCAGUGGAAUUUAUCUCUCCUACUUUGAAAAUGCUGAUGUCCUGACUAAAAAACCUCAAGAGGAACAAUUUCUCAAAGUAUCUGCAAAUCCUGUUCUUACAGGCUGCUUGCAGGAGGAUGCCUGCAGCUCAGAGCCCUGUAUGCACGGGGGGACGUGUGAAGACUUGUACACCUCCUAUCGCUGCAUGUGUCCCCUGGGGUGGGCAGGCACCCAUUGCGAGACCAACAUCGACGAGUGCUUCUCCAACCCCUGCAUUCAUGGAAACUGCACGGAUGGGAUCAGCUCUUAUGAGUGUGUCUGUGAACCUGGCUACACAGGGUUGAACUGUGAAGAGGACAUAGACUACUGCCGUGGCCACCAGUGUGCAAAUGGGGCCACCUGCAUAGAUGGGAUUAAUGGAUAUUCAUGUCUGUGUGCUGGUAACUUUACUGGAAAGCUUUGCAGGUAUCGAAGAUUACCCUAUACAGUUUGUGGGAAUGAAGACAGAAAUCUCACCUGUUACAAUUAUGGCAACUGUACUGAUCUUGGAGGCAAGCUGGCCUGCAUGUGCCUGCCAGGAUUUGUUGGAGAACGGUGUGAAAAGGACAUUGAUGAGUGCAGCUCUGAUCCAUGCCUGAAUGGAGGCCUCUGCCAAAACCUGCUCAACAAAUUCCACUGCCUCUGCGACGUGAACUAUGCUGGGGACCGCUGUGAGAUCGAUUUGACAACUGACUUGAUCUCCAACAUAUUCACCUCCCUUGGCUCAGUAACGCUGGCUUUAUUGAUCCUCUUCUUGGCAGUUGUGGUUUCAGUCAUUGCUGCCAAUAAAAGGUCGACCCAAGGAACCUACAGCCCCAGCCGGCAGGAGAAGGACGGCGCCCGCGUUGAGAUGUGGAGCAUUGUGCAGCCACCGCCAGUAGAGAGACUCAUUUAGGGGAAGGCUCUCCUCCAUCUUGGAAGAUGAAUGGAAGUGGACGAUGUACACAAGAUAGAUAUGUUCAUUUGCAUUCUACUACCGGGAGCACCUGUUGCAAAAACUACAGUGACUUGGAACUUUGAAUAAUUUCCUUUUAAGUUCAAUAACAUUUAAAAUGUUCUAGCAUUUAAGUGAACCAAUGCCAUUUAUCACUAUUUUGGGACAUUUUUUCAAAGGACAAUUUUUAUUUGCACUGGAAACUUCCGCCUUGGUAAUCUGCAGUAGGCAUUACAGACAGUAAUGGCUUCUGUGAUACUCAUAAGUGCCUGUCUCAGACUCAAAAUGAGGAACAGUUUCUUGUUUGUGUUUUGCUUUGCCUGCCUAGCAAUCACUGCUGCAGAAGACAAUGCAGACCCUAAUCAAUAAAGGCAUAAUUUUGUUCUUAAAGGGUUUAUCACCAUAACUGUGUUUCAACAUAUAUGUUGAUCAGGGAUUAAAAGGAAGCUUGCAAAAACUCUCCAAAAUAAGUGUUUCCCAUUUAGUUGGUUUUCUUUCCUUCAAUUCUAUCAUUUUCCCUGCUGCCACUCUACCUUCUGCUGAAAAGAAUUUCACUUAACCUCUCUGACAAAUCCAUGUUUCUCUGAAUAUAAAGGGUAUCUCUUAAAAUAUCCAGCAGACAGAAUCUGACCUUACAGAGGACAUAAAACCAAAACAUCCUAAACAAAUUCUGCAAAUCUAUAUACUGCCAUUUUCCCAUUAUGAUAUUACUUGAUGCAUCAUUUCAUAAAUUGAUUGUAUCUCAUCUUGCCAACAUCCUUUGGCUGCCAAAAAGGCAAGUGUGCUCAAAAAGUUUUCCAAAGCUCACAGAAAAUACAAGCAGCAGCUUAUAGGCAACACACCUACUUAGAAAUGAUGAAAGAGUGACUCAGCUCUGAAAACAGCCUUGGUGAUUCUCAUGGAGUUCAGACUUUCAUGUUAACAAGGGAAAAUAAAUUUUUGUGCCUGAAUGUUCCUCUUUUGAGGCAGCAAUAAUACCACUGUAAUCCUUGCUAGCAAAAUGAUUGCAACUGUUUGUUGAAAAAGAAACAAAUAUGUAAAAAGGAGUGGAAUAGCUGCAGAUGUUUGGAAAAUAUAUUGUAAUGAAAGAGACUUGAAAAUAUUCAAGAGCAUUUAAUGAUUCGUGGUAGAGAGGAAGGAAUGUGCCAAAAAUACAUUCAGGUUAAGGUUUUCCUGAUCUGUAGAGGCAGAUAACAGUUACUCAUCCAGCCAACUUUCACAUGUAGUGAAAAAAUUAAAGCAAUAAGACAUGGCUCCCACACAAAUUGAGCCAACAAUAAAGAGGCAACAGAGUGGAAACGUCUUUAUGGAAUUUGUCCUUUCUGCAGCUCAGGUUAUCUGUUCCUGCUAUUAUAAAACAUUCCAGGAGUUGCAUAAUAGAGCACACAUACUCAGCAUCCAAGAGUUUGAUUGUUUCAACUAAUGAUCAACUCAUAAUACAUUUUGAAUGAACCUCUCUGGGGACUACAGAAUAUCAAUGUCAAUCACAUUUAUUUCCGUAUUAGCUCUGAUCAGUAACUCUGACAAUAAGCACAUUCUGGAUUUUUGCAGUCUUUCAAAACAAGGCACUGUAGUAAAAUGAGAGUGGAUGGUGGGAUUCAAAUUGAGUGAAAAGAACAGGGUGCUAAGGUUGGAAUGACAUGACAGCAUGAAUGCACAACAGAUUUUACUUGAGUCCAGUUUACAUCUUUACUAUUGAAGCUUAUGAUUUUGAAUGCAAGCACUGCUGUAUAACUGCAGUUUAAAUCCACAGUGCAAAUAGCAACUAAGAAAAGAAAGAAAGUCAACAAAAGUUAACAAAAUAGUUUAUAAGUUAACAAAAAAUAUCAUGGUAAAAGAGAGAGAUUCAAGAAAGUUCUUUUGAAAUAUGGCAUUAUAUAAGAAUGGCUGCAAAUCUUUUAGUCAAAAAUCAGCCCAGCAUUUUCCCACUACUAAGGAAUAAUAAGGAAUGCUAUAAAGUUUGUGCAGCAUUAUCAUUUCUUGAAGUGGAUAUAUAUUUGAAAAAAGAAGAGCUGGACUUACACGUGUGAUUGAAGCUCACCAAAAAAAGCUACAAGGGAUACAAAGUCAAAGCAACUUUCCAGAUGGUGAAGAUGCACCAUAAGCUGUGAGAACAAGAGAGUGAAAAAGAAGGGGAAAAAAGAGAUGGAAGGGCCUGAGGAGAGAGCGCUUGGAAAGUGAGGGGGAAUCUAGAAGCAGGAAUUGGGAGCAAAGAGCAGCAGUGGCUUUGGAACAGUAAGGCAGAUGCACAGAAUGUGCUUCCACAUAUCUGCUUUAUAUUCCUGAAUUUCUGUUCAAUGAUAAUGGCUGUAUAGGCUAAAAGGAGGAAAAAAAAUGAUAAAGAUUUUCAAGUGAAUAGCAGAGAUGGGAAAAGAAAAUAGAAGUGAAAGCAGUGGAGGGAUGUAAUGAAGAUCUAACUUUGAAAUCAACCCUUCUUUGAGCAGGAGGUUGGAGUAGAUGACCUCAGGAGGCUUCUUCCAGCCUAAAUUGUUACACGAUUCAAAGAAAAAGGACAACAGAGAGAAAGCAGCUGAAGAUGGAGGUCAGUCUGCAUGAAGAGCUAAUGUGAAGGAAAGCGUUAUUGUUCACAGUGAAAGACACAGCAAGGAGGAGGAAGUGGCUGGAAACUCAUUCUGCUCUGCUCAGUGGAUGGACUUUCUGGAUGAAAUCUUGAAAACAGUGGGAAAACAAUCUGUAAUAACAGAUUCAGGAAAGCAUUAUCACACAGAGAAUCUCCAGGGCUGAGAAAGAUACGCAGCAAAGGGUACAGGGAGGGGAAGAGAAGGAAGAUGAAAGCCUGAAGAGUUUUCAUAAAGACCAAAGAGAGUUCUGGAGAAAUACAUUACAAAAGAAUUUAAAAAGCAUAAAAAUUGGAAAAUUCUCACCGUGGAACAUGAACGUGGUUUGUAGAAGGGAAAUCAAGAAGGGAGAAAGCAAGAGGAAAAACCCUUAAACUAGGAUUUGAAUAAGUCAGGUGUGACUGAUGUCUGUCUCAGUGGAGGGGAAAUGGUGAAAAUGGGAGUGAUGAAAAUUUUUGCAGAAGUAAGAGGAAAAAGGGAAUGAAAGCAGAUGACACUUGAGGAAAGUGAAGGCAAAAGCUGGAUCACAGUCUUUCCAGUACAACAAGGGUAAAGCUGGGCGUUCGUUACAGUGAGGUCAUGGAAGAGGGAUGGAGAGGUUGAUGGAGAGUCAGGAAAUGAGAUCUACCCAGUAAGGCAGAUCUAUGUAGGAUAAAUUAGAAGGAGUGACUUCUAUUGAAAGUGGAAAUUAAAAUGUGAAAUUAAUUGCUAUUUAUGAUCUUAAGAGAAACAAACAAGAAAAAGCCCCAGCAGCACAAAUUCUGUUCUAAAUGUACUUUUUGAAAAGCUGAAUUAGAGAACAGCACUCCAAGAAGGGCAGGGAGUCAGACUCUGCAGUUGGAAAAGUCUCACAGCACCUGGAGAAGCAGAAAAAAAAUCCCAAAGCUGUGGCUACUUAGCAAGCUGGAGUGACAACAGUGAAGAAGCCUGACCCUUUUGGGCCAUAUUUCAGCCAAGAAACAACAGUUAAAACAAAGGGGAAUACACCACAGAGAGUGUCUAAUAGAAUUUUUGCUGAAAUUUUAACCAAGGAUUAAGCAGGUGCCAAGCUAUUUACUGCUUCUCAGUCUGGGUGUAUAUUAAAAUACAUAGUGAAGCACACAAGGAGGAGCAAUAACAUCUAAGAGUCAUUGAGAGCACCUGCAACUCCACAUAAAGACCUAAAGUAUUUUGAGAUUUUCUAAAUAUCUCUAUUUGAUUCAAAAGGCAUAAGUAAAAGAACUUGUUCAUAAUCACUUGCAGCCUAUCCAUUCAGGAAACAAAUGCAUAAUAUGGUCCCAAACCUUACACAUUUUAAUUUUCUCUUUAUGUCUACCAGUCUUUUGUAAAGGAAAAGGUGCUAAAUUAAAGCAUGCGACCUGCUCUGUGCCAUGUCCCUCUGAAGAUGCACAGAAGCAUGGAGAGAAUUAAGCAACUGACUCCUCCCUUCUUUCGCAGUCCUUCCUGUUUCCUCUUUGAAAGCCGUGACACCCAGCCUGUGAAGCAGCAAGGAGAGCCUUCAGACAGUUAGAGGAAAGUUUAUGUUAGAAAGAAUAUAAAUACUGUGGCUGCAAUUUGGCCAGCUCCAAACGAUCAAUGUGUAUUAUUAUGUUAUGUGCCUUCUCUCCAUUUUAUGUAAAAUUAACUGUUCCUUCUCCACGUGUACAUAGUAUAUUUAUAGCUUAGGUGGUGUAUGUUACUACGUUCUGUGUACAAUAUAAAAAUGACUAAUA